AUGGUACAUUGUAUGGAUUUAUACACUAAUUAUAACUUUAAUUAAUUAUUAAACAAAAAGUCUAACAUGAUAAAGAGUCACGUCAUAAUAAUAAUAAAAAAAGGCUAUUGCAUAUAACAGAACCUCCACACAAUGUUUUAAAACAGAUGAAAUUAAGUUAGGCAUUUUCUUUUUCUCUUUGACCUUCAACCUCCUGAAAAAUGAACAUAUCAACAAAUAAUAAUACAAAUGAAACCAGGAAGCCUCAUGUAGUAUGCAUAACACUCCCAGCACAAGGCCAUGUAAUCCCCAUGAUGCAGUUAGCCAAGCUUCUUCACUCAAGAGGUUUCUACAUAACAUUUGUCAACUCUGAAUUCAAUCACAACCGUUUGAUUAAAGCCAAAGGUUCAUCAUAUUGGAUCAACUGUUUUCCUGAUUUUAAAUUCGAAAGCAUUCCUGAUGGAUUACCACCGUCUGAUCGUGAUGCUACACAGGAUCCAGCUUCUCUUAGCGAUUCUCUUCGUAAGAAUUGUUUGCCUGCUACGCGUGAGUUGUUGAAGAGGUUAAGAUCAACGGUUGAUGUUCCUCCAGUUAGUUGUGUGAUUUCUGAUGGAUUGAUGAGUGGUGCAAUGAAAGCUGCUGAAGAGAUUGGUGUUCAAGGUGUUCAGCUUUGGACUGCUUCUGCUUGUGGAUUCAUGGGUUAUGCUCAAUUUCCUGAGCUUCUUAGGAGAGGAAUUAUUCCUUUCAAAGACGAAUCCUAUAAGCAUGACGGGACUUUAAGCACGUCAGUGGAGUGGAUACCAGGAAUGAAGAAUAUGCAGCUCAAAGACCUGCCCUCUCUUAUUAGAAUAACAAAUGCUGAUGAUAUAAUUUUCACAUUUCAAAAAGAUGAAGUACAAGAUUGUCUGAAAUCCCCAAUCAUACUAUUUAACACCUUUGAUUGUUUUGAACAAAAAGUAUUAGAAGCCAUCAACUCCAUUUGCCCUAAAACAUACACCAUUGGUCCACUCCAUUUACUUGAGCAAAAACAUGUCCCUUCAAGUCCAUUAAAAUCAUUUUGGCCAAGUUUGUGGAGAGAUGAUGCUCAUUGUCUUCAAUGGUUAGAUCAAAGAGAGCCUAAGUCAGUUGUUUAUGUUAAUUAUGGAAGUAUAACUGUCAUGUCUAAAAAAAACCUAGAAGAGUUUGCAUGGGGAUUAUCUAAUAGCAUGCAACCAUUUUUGUGGGUGGUACGUCCAGAUGUUGUUAUAGGUGAAUCUUGGGCUUUGCCAAAGAAAUUUUUCGAUGAGACUCAAGAUCGAGGAUUGGUGGUGGAUUGGUGCCCACAAGAGCAAGUAUUGGCUCAUCCUUCUAUAGGUGUUUUUUUGACUCAUUGCGGGUGGAACUCGAUACUGGAAUGUGUGUGUGGAGGUGGUUUACCUGUUAUUUGUUGGCCAUUCUUUUUUGAGCAACAAACAAAUUGUCGAUAUGCAUGUUUAGAUGAAGAAUGGGGAGUUGGGGUUGAGGUAAAUCAUGAAGUGACACGGAAGGAGAUUAAGGAUAUGGUUAGAGAUGUGAUGAAGGGUCACAAAGGGGUGAAGUUGAGAGAAAGGGCUUUGAGUUGGCAAGAGAAAGCUAAAGAAACUAUCAAUGUUGGAGGUUCAUCCUUUAACAAUUUUGAGAGAUUUCUUAAAGAGGAUCUUCAUUGUGAUCUAAUGAAUAAUAAAUAAUUUUAUUCAAUAUCAUGGAUGAGCAUUUUUAGUGCUCACCUCACACAAGGAACCAAGAAAUAAAUUAGCUUGCUUCGCCCUAUGUUGAAUAAAUUAUUGUUGAUCAUGGAACAACCCAAUUUAGUUCACAAAUACUUUUAUUUGAUGUAAUUUCUUUUUAUUGCCUUUGACUGGAUAGAUAGAACUUUCAAUAAAAUUCGAGAAAAAAAUACACAAGCAAUUAAGAAGUUCAACGUUUAACGGCCUACGACUCCACACUGCUGAUACAUAAUUAACGUCAAUUAACACCCAAAAAGUGUUACAUAAUGUACUUAAUGUGUUACUCUAAAUUUAAGGUAACACUUUUUGGGUGUUACAUCAUACCUUGCUAACUAUUCUCUUAUGUAAUACUCCAACAUGCCUA